AUAGCCGUUUUCUAAUAGUCAAUUCGUCUCCAUUCAGGCUUCGUGUAGGAAACCAAUCCCCGAUUGUGAGCCUGAAGCGUUCAAGUCAAAUUGAAGUACCGUAAUAUUUGGCUCUUUUGCAUCUUACUUUAUGUUUUUGGCACUAUCGGACUUACUAUUGCGUUUAUCACCUCAAAAUCAGGAAGUAAAAAAACAAUAGUUGAAGCCUCGUACGGAGCCCAAGUCGAGUAUUGGAAAACGGCCCAUGUGUGGUUUUAAAGAUGGCGUCCGCCACAUCCAGCAUGUCCAGCACGGGUACGUGUAGUUCAGAAAAGACAGAAACUGCGAGGGACUCCGAAUCGAAAAUGGUCACAGAAACGACAGAUGGUUUUCAGAGUGUUAGGUCAAAGAAGGGAAGAAAGAGAAAACUGGAAAGUGACAAGAUGGAGACAGACACAAGCUCCAAGAGACCGAAUUUUCCCCCAUUGAGUGGGGAGAAACUGUUGGAAGGAAGCGAAGAGAUGAGAAAGAUUCCAGUCCCUGCUCACAGAUAUACACCGCUCAAAGAAAACUGGCUGAAAAUCUACUCACCUAUUGUUGAACACCUUAAGCUACAAAUAAGAUUCAACCUUAGAACUAGGCAUGUAGAAAUCAAGGGUUCAAAAGAAACAUCAGAUGUGGGAGCACUACAGAAAGGCCAGGAUUUUGUUAAGGCAUUCGUCCUAGGUUUUGAAGUGGAGGAUGCCUUGGCUUUGCUACGGUUAGAUGAGCUGUUCUUAGAAACCUUUGAAGUAGCUGAUGUGAAACCUUUGAAAGGAGACCAUUUAUCACGAGCCAUUGGCAGAAUCGCAGGCAAAGGAGGCAAGACGAAGUUUACCAUAGAGAAUGUAACCAAGACCAGGAUUGUGUUAGCCGGAAGUAAGAUCCACAUCUUAGGAUCUUUCCAGAAUAUAAAGAUUGCCAGGACAGCCAUAUGCAACCUGAUCCUAGGAAGUCCUCCCUCCAAGGUGUAUGGCAACAUGCGAGCCGUUGCUAGUCGGAGCGCUGAGAGGUUUUAGGAACUCUGAAAAGUGGACUGAAUGUGACUUUGAUGCUCUCAUGAAUCUCAAAAUAAUGUAUCAGCACAACAACAGAAAUAUUUCAGUGCAACAAGGCAGUUUGGACACAAUUUGUUGUGGAGGGAAAAGAACAAGCCCAUUUUCUGGUUUUCCAACCCCAGGCUGUCAAUUUUCAGUUCUUGAGAAACACCACCCAAAAUAAUUAGACAAAGAUGACUGAAUAGAAUGGUGAACAUAAACUUGCCAUUUGUGUAGAGUCACUAAUUCAGGUCAGUCAAGGCACCAAGCUAUGUGCACAAGACAACGGAUCAGGCAUACAGUUUGGACUUUGACAAAAAACUAGGAAAUCCCAGUCUUUACAAGACUUUUCAGUUUUCAGUGGCCCGAGUGUGAAGUGAAAAUUGAGGAAAUCAGCAGAUCUGAGGAGCAGUUUGCAUGCCUGAUUGAAGAAUUAAAAUUCGUGUUAUACAACUAACACAGACUGGCGGUAUGGUUUUUUUUUCACCCAGAUAUAGCAGGUACAUGUAUAGCACAUUUCCAUGCCUGUACAAAUACACAUGGUUAUUAAGCUAAGAAUCUAUGACUCACAAGGGGCUGGGCUCAAAGUUGAUUGGUCCAACACCAAUUUGGCCUCAGUUGUGUUCUGAACUCAACUGCUCUUCACCUCUGAUAGGAAUGGCACAGUUGUGAGUUUGGUUUCAUCUCAUCACAGAAAACCUGUGUACAUUUUAAAGGAACCUCAAUGUACCUAAAGAAAUUUUAAUCUCACAUAAGUGUAGAAUGUAUGUAAUAAUCAGUUAUGUAUUCGGUUGAGGAGCAACAUUUUGAAAUAAAAUCACACUGAAACCUG